UGGAUGUGGUGGCACUACUUUUUGAUACAAGAACUUCUAAGCCGUGAAUAUUGAAAUGUUGACAAAAAGGAGCACCAUGCAAUUGAUGCAGUAGAUGUCCGCAUAUUAUAAAGAUUCCCUUUCUACAAUCAAGCGAAGAUGAAUCGCGACGUCUACCAUGUUGAUAGCUGCACCAAUCAACAAAACCUUUCCCCUGGUCUUUUCACUUCCUCUUCCCCAGCAAGUAAAAACAACACGAAUCUCGAGGAACAACAUUCUCAUCUUCACCAGAAGCAAUUACAGCAGACAGUUUUCAACAUCCACGUCCUCGGGUCUUCCUUCUGGCCUGACGUGGGAGACGAACACCUCUGCGAGGAAGAAGGGGAGACAACAGGGCGUCAACCCAGUCCGCUUGCUUUUUCGCGACGAAGCCCUGAAGAGAUCGAAGAAGCAAGCGCAAGAUGAAGCCGAUGAUAGCGAGGAAAUGCGUCGCCGACAUCGCGGCAAAGCGCGUUACAGAGUCGCAAGUUUUUUCCGGUCGGAGCUGCCUGGUGACGAGCACGACGAAGAUCAUAAUCAAGACCGACCAUGGAGUCAAGAGCAGCGAAAGAAUACAACCACCAGAAGAAACAACAACUCUUCGUCAUUCUUUCACAACAGCAGUUGCAGCGGACCCGAUGUGAAGUAUGUAGGCGAUGCGAAUGCCGAGGAACGGUUAGAGGCCACAUUUUCCUCAGAAAAUAGAUACUCUUAAGGCCGCUAUCAGAUUCUACUACUUAGCUGAGAUAAGUACGUAGCUAUCUAAUCUUUACAAGAACAUAUUCAUAUUCAUAUCUACUAAGACUCCUUGAAAACUAAAACAAAAACACAUGUAAUAAAUCCACUAAAGUUGUAGUACUUGUACUGCAUAAUAUAAUAGAUUACCAUUCUACUUGCUUCAUCUAAUAGCUCUUCGAUUCUCGAAGCAACACGUUGCUAGAUCUAGACGCGACUUUGCUAAACCGAGUCCAGCACUCCUUGAAACAGAGCCGCGCAGAACGGGCUGCACGGAGAGUACAGCUAAGAGAGAAGGAGAAAGCUGUGCGAGCCAAGCAGUUGCCAACACUGCAAAGCAUUUUGAAAGCAGAACGGGAAGAAGGUGGUAGUGCUAGUACUAGAGCAAGGUCAUCUGGAUCUGCUGCGCCAAGGAGAGAAGAUAGACUAGAGGAAGCUUAUCAUGGAGGCGAGAGCAGUAGCAAGGCGAAACGAGGGAACGAAGAUGAAACGGAAAAUGAGGAUCAUUUUUGGAUGCAGAGACAUAGUUCAAGUUCUGCUAGUUCAGGACGUAGUCGAACGAAGAGGAGUCAACAGCUCGACCAACAUUUUGUCGACCAGCAGAACGUCGCUAAAGCAAAAGCAGGCGCCAUUUCGUUUUCCUCUGUUGAAGACGGCGCUGAAAGUGUUGACGUUCCUUGCCGCUCUGCCAAUGAGAAUGCUGCUAAGUCGGCCGCAUGCACUGCCAAGAACAUUUCCUCGUUUUCUAAGGAUAGAAAACCACACUCAAAAACCCAGAUUGAAAAUCUCGAGCCAUUGCCGCAACAGCCUUUAGGUAGAACAAUGGGUUUUCUGUUUGGAAGUUGAGCCUAAUAUUUAUCCUGAGUUUUGUUGAUGUCAUUCAAUUGCAAUGAAAAAAUAAGAUGAUC